AUGAGUGCGCAGGACGACGACUCGACGCCACCCACCGCUCGCCGGAGAGUCAAGCAGGAUGGUCAACACAGCCGCGGCGACGAGAACGAGAACAAGAACAAGAAGCAUGUCCAGAAUGGAGCACCGACGACGUCUCCUGCCCCGAAGCCCUCAUCCUCAUCCUCACCGUCAAUCACCACCUCCUCGCCAUCAACAUCAACAUCCGUCUUCACCCUGCCGUCCAUCCUCCAAAUCUGGGCGCCGACGCUUAUGCUCAUCUUCGGCGGGUGCUGCUCCAACGUCUACACCCUCGAGUCCAUCAUCCACGCCUCUCCCUCGUCCGGCUCGCUGAUCACGGCGUUCCAAUUCCUCCUCGUGGCCCUCUUCACCCUACCACGCCACUUCUCCCCGCGCCGGGGCCUGCGCAACCUCUACCUGAAAGAACGCAACAUCCCCCUCCGCAAAUGGGCCGUCUACACCGCCUACUUCCUGGCCAUCAACAUCCUGAACAACAAGGCAUUCAAGUACCGCAUCAGCAUCCCGCUGCACAUCAUCCUGCGCAGCGCGGGGCCCGUCACGACCAUGCUGGCGGGCCGCAUCUGGAAGGGCCGCCGGUACCCCGCGCAGAAGGUCGUGGCCGUCAUGUUGCUGUUCGGUGGGGUGGUGUGGGCGGCGUUUGCGGACUCGUGGGCCAAGCAGGUCGACAUCGGCGCCGCGGUCGAAGAGUUGGAUGAUUACCGUCCGACGACGUCCACUGCUGGUUCGGUGUUCUCGUCGCAAGCCCCCGGCUUCGUGCUGCUGGCGUCCGCCCUUGUCCUGUCGGCGUGUAUGGGCCUGUACACCGACGACAUGUACGCCACGUACGGCCGGUCCGGGGAGAUCACGGCCGAGACGCUGUUCUACAGCCACUCGAUGUCGCUGCCGUACUUCGCCAGCCAGAUCCGGCCGCUGUUUUUUGAGUUCGUGAACCUCCUGGCCGUGCCGGGCCACGACAUCAAUAACAACCACCCGUCCAAGACGGACGCACCUGUGUGGUCGCCGUUGUCGUCGUGGCUCGACGCCCUCACCGCCGCCCUGCCCCGUCCGCUCGUCCUCCUCCUGCUCAACGCCGCGACGCAGUUCCUGUGCAUCGUCGGCGUCAACCGUCUCUCGGCCCAGUCGUCCUCGCUCACCGUCUCCAUCGUCCUCAACGUCCGUAAACUCGUCAGCCUGCUCUUGAGCAUUUGGCUGUUCGGCAAUCAACUGCCCACCGGCGUCGUUAUGGGGGCCGUCAUCGUGUUCGUGGGCGGCGGACUGUACGCCCUCCCGAGCCCGAAAGGAGCGAAGCCGUCCAUGACGACGACAGACACGGACAAGAUGGAAACGAAGACGAAGAAGACGCGAUGA